GCCCCACCAGCGGUCCCGGAGCCUGUGGUCGCGCCCGAGCUGUUACCGCUACCGCUCACCAUGGGCCUGGGUCCCCGGUUGCUGCUACCUCUGGUGCUUUGCGUGGGGUUCAGCGCGCUCGUCCUCUCUUCGGGGGCCUCAGGCGCCCGCAAGCGAGGCCCCUCGGUGACUGCCAAGGUCUUCUUUGAUGUGAGGAUUGGAGACCAAGAUGUUGGCCGAAUUGUGAUUGGCCUGUUUGGAAAAGUUGUGCCCAAGACCGUGGAAAAUUUUGUCACUCUGGCAACAGGAGAGAAAGGAUAUGGAUAUAAAGGAAGCAAAUUUCAUCGUGUCAUCAAAGAUUUCAUGAUUCAAGGAGGAGACUUCACCGCUGGAGAUGGCACUGGCGGUGUUAGCAUUUAUGGUGAGACGUUUCCAGAUGAGAACUUCAAGCUGAAACAUUAUGGCAUUGGGUGGGUCAGCAUGGCAAAUGCUGGGCCUGACACCAAUGGCUCUCAGUUCUUUAUCACCUUGACCAAGACCUCCUGGUUGGAUGGAAAACAUGUGGUAUUUGGAAAAGUCAUUGAUGGGAUGACAGUGGUACACUCCAUAGAACUUCAAGCAACUGAUGGGCACGACCGUCCACUCACUGACUGCUGGAUCGUCAACAGUGGCAAGAUAGACGUGAAAACACCCUUUGUGGUUGAAGUCAAUGACUGGUGACACAGCUGUGGCCUGGCAGGUGUGGGAGUGGAUCCUCUGAUUCUUCAAAGUUACUACUUUGCUUUGUUUUUCUACUUUCUUUUCAUUUUCCACCCCACAUCACAGGAAAGUUAUAAAAACCAACCACUGAAAGCUGGGGUUGCAAUGAAUUUUAGUAAAUCACUUGUUUAGAGGCUUUGUACUUAAAGGACAUAUCCCCUCCCCCAACGGUGCUAUUUUUAAAGUAGAAAACUUUGUAUUGACAAUUUCUUUUUAAAAACACUGUCAUUAUUUUGCUGAAUUCAUUGUAAUUCCUAUAUUGGGCCAUCCUGAAGACCUGUCUGAAAAAGAUGAGGACAUGAAGUUUAUUAUUUUGCAUUCAAACAACUUUUCAGAGAAAGGGAAAUUUGAUUAAUAUAAUCUGAUACAUAUCAUGGGAAUUUUUAUCUGAUAGAAGGUACUUUGGUGCUCUCUAUAUUAAAUACUUUUUAUACGGA